CAGCGCUUUACGGCGCUGUCGCUUUACGGCCGCGUUACGGCGGUGUCGUGCGGAGCACCGCGAUCGCCCCAGCCCACCAUGGACUCCCGUUUCACCCGCGGCAAGUCCCCGGUGCUGGAGCGCGCCCUGGGCCGGCCCCGCUCCGAGCUCUCCCUGGCCGCCUUCGCCCUCCUGUUCUCGGAGCUGGUCCAGUACUGCCAGCGCCGCGUGGCCUCGGUGGCCGAGCUGCAGGCCCGCCUGGCCCAGCUGGGCCACCACGUGGGGCUGCGAGCCCUGGACGCUCUGGUGGCCCGCGAGAGGGCCGGGAGACGCGAGACCAAAGUGCUGGGGGUGCUGCUGUUCGUCAAGGGCCCGCUGUGGCGGGCGCUGUUCGGGCGCGAGGCCGACAAGCUGGAGCAGGCCAACGACGACGAGCGCACGUUCUACGUGAUCGAGAGGGAGCCCGUGGUGAACACGUUCGUGUCGGUGCCGCGCGAGAACAGCUCCCUGAACUGCGCCGCCUUCGCCGCCGGGCUCCUGGAGGCCGUGCUGGGCGCCGCCGGCUUCCCCGCCCGCGUCAGCGCCCACUGGCACAAGGGCACCACGCUCAUGAUCAAGUUCGACGAAGCCGUGAUCGCCCGCGACAAGAGCCUGGAGGGACGCUGA